GAAAAGGAAAGACAAAGAAGUCUCAAUCAAUAAAAAUUCAACCCAUUUCAUCACCAUGAGUUCCAACACAAUGAAGGCGGAAACAAAGACGAGCACGGUGGAUUACCGGUCGUCGGCUGGGCAAGGACAAGGACAAGAGCAGAGGAAAGUGGAGGUGACCCAUCAGCCAAAAUCCAAAACGAGUGGCGGCGUUUUGGCCUCCGCCGCGGAUUCUGUUGCGGGCACGCUCCAAUCUGCUAAGGAAGCCAUCGCCGGAACAACAACGACAACAUCUUCUCCUGACCAAUCCAAAUAAAAAAUAUGUAUUUUUAAAUUUGGUCUAAAUUGAUAUGGUUGUUUACUUUAGUACCGCUCUGCAACUUUUUCUUUUUAAUUUGACAAGAAAACAAUAGGCUGUGGUUCCAAGCCGAAUAAUGAGGUUCCAUUUUUUCGACUUUGUGCCAUAAAUUCUUUGUUUUAUUUAGGAUUCACAAAAAUUUGUUAUAUUUUGAAAUUGUCCAUAGUUUCAUUUUGCCUCCCUUUCC